AUGGACUUUCUAAUGGAAUACGGCAGUCCUGCUGGUUUUUUCACCAUUUUCGCUACAUUAUGGCUCGUAUAUUGUCUGUUGCGCAUGCUGUAUAAUGUCUCGCCGUUACACCCACUGAGCCAUAUCCCGGGGCCAAAUCUCGCAGCCGCAACCUUCCUGUACGAAUCAUGGUUUGACCUGGUUUUGGGCGGCAAAUACACGCACAAGAUCAAGAGAAUGCACGAGCAAUAUGGUCCGGUGGUACGCAUCAAUCCAGAAGAACUCCACUUCAACGACAUUUCGUUCGCAAAUGAGAUAUAUGCCGGGCCGGGCCGCAAGCGAAACAAACAGGUCCAUUACUUGAAUAUAUUCGCUGGUCCGACGACGUCGUCCAUGCUCGCAACGGUGGAACACGGCCACCACCGCGUCCGACGGAGUGCGGUGAACCGAUUUUUCUCGCGCGCGCAAAUCUCGAAGCUGGAGUCUAACAUCAAAGACUUGGCAUUAGGACUGUGUGACAAGAUGAUUCGUUUGGCAUACAGCUGCUUCAGCGGGGACGUUAUUUCCAAGUACUGCUUUGGAGAGCCUUUUGGAUUCAUCGCACAGGAAGAAUGGGAGCCAAACUAUAGAAAUGCGCUGAAAGCCACGCAGGCUCCGGUCCAUGUAUUUCGGACGUUUCCCUUCCUCAAACGGCUAACAGACAUCGCGCCACUGUGUGCAAGAUGGGCCAGUCCUGGUAUCAGGGAGAUGCUAAUCGAGUCAAACGAGAAGAUGCCUGCCCGAAUACGAAAGGCUAGGCAAGACUCCAAGAGAGGCAUCACCGAGACCCAACCCAGUCUGUUUGCUGCGCUUCUCGACGCACCAUUGCCAGAAGCAGAGAAAACAGACCAGCGAUUGGGAGGGGAAGGUUUUCUUAUGAUCGCCGCUGGCACCGAGACAACGGCCUGGACGCUGACCGUCAUCACCUUCCACCUGCUAAACCAACCGGACACACUGAACCGUCUCAGGUGUGAGCUGCAGGAUGCCGACGCUCUUAAUCUCCAAUGGUUUGCCCUGGAGAGGCUGCCGUACUUGACUGCUGUCAUUCACGAAGGUCUACGCCUGUCAUACGGGGUAUCGCAGCGUAUUUCCCGGAUUGCUCCCACAGAGACGUUGGUCUAUCAAGGCGAGCACAAUGGCCGUAGAAUCGAGUACUCUAUACCGUCUGGCACCACGAUGGGCAUGUCGAACGCCAUCAACCACCACAAUGAAGAUGCAUUUCCGGACUCGGACGCAUUCAUCCCGGAACGUUGGAUUAAUAUAGACGACGCCCAGAGACGCCGGAUGGACUCGUGCUUGACCCCAUUCUCAAAGGGUAGCAGGCAGUGCCUGGGUAUCAAUCUCGCGUACUGCAACUUGUAUCUGGCUUUGACAGCGCUUACCUUGCGGGUCUUGCCGUGGAUGAGCUUGUACGAAACGACGGUCGACGAUGUUCGGUAUCACUCGGACUUGUUUGCGCCGUUGCCCAAGAAAGGGACGAAGGGGGUACGGGCUAUUAUAUCGUACCCAUAA